AUCACAGCACGGCGCAGUCACAGUAUUGAAGUGAAAGGCAAGUGCCCGAAAAGAUACUCUGCAGUGAUUGAUUCGUGUAAUUUUAGUGACAGAGUUUUCUGUAACUGGAUGUUAUUUAACAGCAAAUGUGUGCAGACAACAGGAUAAAAAUAUUAAAAAGUAAUUGACAGUGCAAUCUUAUGGCAACCUAAAACGGUACCCAACGUGUGUUCAUCGAAAAGUUUACGAUGUAAAUAAAAGAAACUAGUGGUUGCAUCAGUGUGCGUAAAUUGGACGAAAUUCAACAGAUAAGGAAACAGACGCAAAUCGAGCCCGUGCGGUACGCAGGAAGAAAUUCACAAUCUUUCUUCUCGCUUAUGGUUUCUUGCGCAGCAGUAGCGAGCGACAGAAGCAGAAGUAGCGACAAUCGAACCAGCACGUCUGCACAAGCAAGCCGAACCGAACCGAGAGAAGCGCGCCUGUAAAAACUGUGCCACUUUCACGUUGUCGAACACCUAUUAUCACGCGUAAAACGUUAUCUAGAAAAGUGACCAGUCACCAGCGUUCCCGAAUCAUGUCCCUCAGCAGAAUUUGUAACCUUCAAUCAUCGUACCGAGUUGUGGCCAAAGGAUUGCAUCUGAGUGGACCACCGCCCCAAAGUCUAGCCCGACUUGCUGCAGUGCGACCAAUCAGUUCUACUCGACUGAUUCACGACAAACAGGCGGCUGCUGCAGCAGCGGUGGUGAAACCUGUCCAGAAACAGCACGACUGGAAUCGAGCCGUGAGCGAGGCGGAAAAGAUCGUCGGAUAUCCAACUUCGUUCCUCAGUCUGCGAUGGCUGCUCAGCGACGAAAUUGCCAAUGUGGCACUGCACCUGCGGAAGCUGGUCGGAAGUAAUCAUCCGCUGCUGAAAACGGCAAAAAUCUUGAUCUACAAUGGCAAAAACAACAUGCAAGCUUGGGGUCUCAUCGUGCUGCUCGUUUCGAAAGCAGCAGGCCACGCGGCUUCAGUGCCGGACCUGGAGCAGGAUAAAAGUGCCGGCGUUUUGCACUCACAGCGUGCCUUAGCCGAGGUAACGGAAAUGAUUCGCACCUCUCAUUUGGUCCAUCAAGGGCUUGUCAAUCUGCAACCACUGGCGAACGCCGGCAACGAACUGAGCGGUGAUAGUGAAAUGAUUUUCGGAAACAAAAUUGCCCUGCUUAGUGGCGAUUAUUUGCUUGGAAAUGCUUGUUUGCAGCUGGCUGGGUUGAGGAAUCAAGAACUCAUUGAACUGAUCUCUUCGUCGGUGCGGGAUUUGGCGGAGUCUAACUUUGUCGGUGAUCGUGAUCAACAAAAUAAUCCGCUUCCUUCGAAGCCAGAACCUAAAGCUGCUAGUUCCGAACAGUUGGGUGAUGAUUUGGGACUCGGCGAUCUGGAAGACAAUACGCAACCGAUGAAUGUCAAAGAUGUUCUAGGAAAUCCAGAAAAAGAGUGGUCGCUGCGACAUAUUCUAGGAGCAGGCAGUUUACUUGGUAAAAGUUGUCAAGGUGCGUUGCUUCUCGCUGGACAACCGGUAAAGCUUCAAAAACAGGGCUACUUGUUUGGGAAACAUCUUUCACUUGCCUGGCAGGCUUGCAUCGACUUGGAGCCUUUUAGCGGCACUAAUUUACCGGCAGGCACGCGGUUUAGUCUUGUAUCGGCGCCCGUUCUCUUCCACCUGGAGCAUGAUCCUAGUUUGUAUGAGGAAAUCAAAAAAGGGCUUGAGUCAGUCGAUAAUAUAGAUUAUGCCAAAAUCCACGCUGAAGUGAUCAAGGGACCGGGACUGGAAAAAACGCGUAACCUUCAGAAAAAGCACAGUUUGGCUGCGAUGGCAGUGCUUAACGAGUUGCCACCUACGGAUGCACGAACUGCACUGCAGAACAUAAUAUUGGCUAUGCAAGAUUUGUGAGAGUCGGCCGCGUCGUACGUUUCGAACGAUACUAAAACAGGAAAUUCUUUCUUCCGUUUCCUUUGGCAGUGAGAAAGGAAAAUAAUGGAAGAAAUUAUGCUUGUGAAACAAAGAACAAAAAAAAAGACCAUUCCGUCCAGUCGUGAAAGACCUAUCUAUAUAAUCCAGUUAGAUUGCCGUUAGAGUUAUUCGAUAUGUAGCUUGUUCUCGUACUAAUUAUUGUUAAAAUUAGGAUUAUCUUACUUAGUAAAUUUAUUAUUCAACGUUAAAUUGUAAGCGGUGACAGU